AUGGAGUUGGUCCAGCAAGUCACUAGUCACAACUCACAAGAGACUCGUCUCAUCCACAUGGCCGUUGCAACCACCAUCGCCACCGCUGCUAACCGCAAACUCUCAAUCCUCCGGCCACACUUACGCACUCCGAGAUACGCUACUUCUAAUCCAAUUACACAUUUUCGUCAUCAUCAUCUUACUCAUAAUGUUUGUGUUGAUGAUGUUCACGUUAAACCACAUCUUCUUCUUCUUCCACCACGUGCUUUCACCGUCGAUCUGAUUCAGGAUGCCGGAGCAAGUCUCCUCGUUGUUUCCGGUGCGUAUGCGCUCGUGUCUGGUUUUGAUAAUCUCACACGUCGUCAAAUCGUCGAACAGAAUCUAAGCAGAAAGCUGGUUCAUAUAUUAUCUGGCCUGCUUUAUAUGGGUUGCUGGCCCAUUUUCAGUACUUCAACAGAAGCUCGCUAUUUUGCUGCUUUAGUUCCCUUAUUGAACUGUGUAAGGCUUCUUGUUCACGGACUUUCACUGGUGACCAAUGAAGAUCUCAUAAACUCAGUCACUCGAGAAGGAAAACCAGAGGAAUUGCUUAGAGGACCUCUAUAUUACGUUUUGAUGUUAAUUCUAUGUUCUAUUUUGUUCUGGCGUGAGUCGCCAGUCGGUGUGGUUUCACUUUCAAUGAUGUGUGGCGGUGAUGGUAUUGCGGAUAUCAUGGGUAGAAGGUUUGGAAUCCAUAAAAUACCUUACAACAAGCACAAGAGUUGGGUUGGUAGCAUAUCUAUGUUUAUAGUUGGUUUCUUAAUCUCAAUUGGGAUGCUAUAUUACUUUUCAAAGUUUGGGUACUUUGAGCUAGAUUGGGCGUGGACAAUUGAACGAGUUGCGCUGGUUGCAAUGAUGGCAACGGUGGUGGAGUCGCUUCCAACCAAAGGAGGCCUAGAUGACAACGUUUCCGUACCUUUGGUGAGCAUGGUAACUGCAUAUUUGAGUUUUGGCUUCCAACCUUAAUGUUUUGUUUUCUAUUUUGUUGUAAAUGCAUCCGUACUUAUGUGUUUGGAUGAUUUAAUUUAUUUACCAAUGAUUUAAAAAGGCAAGUAAUAACAGCCAACGAAUACAUCCAAGGUGUGUUUUUUUGGUAAA